AUUAUUUAUAAUGAUAGGAAAAGUUGAGAUUUCAUCUACUUAAGAACAUAAACAUCUUAUAAAUCAAUCCUAAAUCUCAUUAACUCAAUCUGGUAUAAGUUUUUAACUAAAAUUAAGGAGUGGAUAUAAAUGGUCAUUUUAUAAAAUAUGAUAAUGUUAUGAUGAUUGGAACAAGUGGAUAAUCUGUAUUGUUAUGUUUGAAAGCAUAAGGAUAAGAAGAUGAAGAUGAUGGAUAAUUAGGGUUCACAAUUAUUCAAUAAUUGAAUUCUCAAUAAUCAGGAAUAAAUAUCUAAGGUAGUUUGACAGUUUAAAUAUGGUGUGAAUAGAAAGACGAUUUUGUUAAAGAAUUCAAAAGACUCUAACAAGAAUGUGUUUAAGAAAAAACAUUAGAAUAAAUAUUGAGUAGUGAUGAAGAAGAUGAUGAAGAUGAUAAUGUAGAUUAAUAAAUGGAAAUAGAAUGAUAUGAUAAAUUCUUAUAAAAGUGUAUAUGUAAUUUAACUUGAG